AUGUCACUCAACACUGUUUUAAAUAAAGAAAAUAUUAGUUUAGAAGAAACGAUUAAUUGUAAUUUCAAAUUAAAGGAGGAAAAUGAAGAACUCAAAUCUGAAAUUAUCAAAUUACAAGAAAAAAUUAAAUUGUUAGAGUCAAAGCUCAACGACAAAGUAUCAUCACCAGUAUCAAAGAAUGCAAAUGAAAAUGAAAUUUGCGUUGAAUCAAAUAUUGAAUUAAAUGGGAACAAGAAAUCAUUGACUUUGGAGGAAUAUUUGCGUUAUGGACGGCAACUUAUUUUACCCGGUUUUGGUCUUUCUGGUCAAAUCAAGCUUAAAAAUGCAUCAAUUUUAGUAGUUGGUGCAGGUGGUUUAGGAGCACCAGCUGCGAUAUAUUUAGCAUCUGCUGGAGUUGGCAGAUUGGGUAUAAUAGAUUAUGAUAGUGUUGAAUCAUCAAAUUUACAGCGUCAAAUCAUUCAUAAUGAAUCAAGGACAGGAAUUUCUAAAGCUCAAUCAGCAAAGAUGACUAUUCAAAAGUUGAAUUCACUUUGUGAGUGUAUAGCGUAUGAUUUACUGUUGGAUAAUACUAAUGCGCUUGAGAUAAUUAAAAGCUAUGAUAUUGUAAUUGAUGCAACUGACAAUGUCGCUACGAGAUAUCUCCUUAAUGAUGCGUGUGUGAUAUUGGGUAAACCUCUUGUGUCAGGUAGUGCUUUACGUAUGGAGGGUCAAUUAACAGUCUACAAUCAUAAAGAUGGACCAUGUUAUCGAUGUAUGUUUCCUAAACCUCCACCACCCGAGAGCGUACUAAAUUGUGCUGAUGGAGGUGUAUUAGGCGUAGCAUUAUUAGCAAUCAAAAUAGCAAUCAAUAUGGAAGAGGAUGAAAAGCCUCAUAAUCUUUUAUUAUUCUCGGCUGCAGACUAUCCACUUUUCCGAUCCAUGAAGUUACGAUCUAAAAAGCCCAAUUGUUCAGUUUGUGGUGAAAAUCCAACUAUAACGCAAUUACAAAACUACGUACAAUUUUGUGGUACUGGUGCCUUAGACAAGUCGCCGGAUGUGAAAUUGUUGAAUCAUGAAGAGAGAAUCAACGUCAAAGUAGGGGCUUAUAUUCCGCUCCAAAACCUUUCAACUAGAUUGGAUGAAAUUGAAAAAUCAUUACCAUCUCCAAUAACACCAGUUUAUGUAGUUUGUCGACAUGGAAAUGAUUCUCAGCAUGCAGUUCAACUAUUAAAAAAAAUAACUAAAGGGGAAGUUAAAGACAUUAUUGGUGGAUUGUAUAGAUGGGCAAAAGAAGUGGUCCCGCGCCCUGCUCCUCCACUUCCUACUAGAAAUAGAAAGGGAGCUGUUAGGAGUAGUCAAUAUGGACAAUCAAUAGAAGAUAUUGAUAUUGAAAGAACUCAUCAAAUACAUCCAUCGACAACACCAAUGAACGAAUUGCAAGCACUGGCAAAAAACUAUCAAGUUAUAGUGACUACAUAUAAAAAAAAAAAUGCGACAUUAGAACAUGAGAAAAGUGAAUUGACUAAAAAAAAAAAAGUUGCAUCCGGACUAAAAGCCAAACUGGAAAAGAAAGCCGAAGAUUUGGUACAACGACUUGAACAAGAAAAACGACAAUUGAUUAAAAAAAGAAAUGAUACAGAUCUUGAGAUUCAAGAAUUAAAAAAAAAUCUAAGAAUUAUUAGCGAAGCGGCGUCAAAGUAUCAGUCGGAACUUGGUAAUGCCACAAACGUUAGAUGGGAUGACGACGAUAUCAAUAAUUCUGUUCAGUUGGCUAAAUGGAUUACUGGGAUUCAAAAUACACUCAACGACUUUGCUAAUAUUAAAGGCAAGGAUGUGGAGAUUAACGAAGAGAUGGAGAAGAACGCGAAUUUGCUUUUGGCAGAUUAUAAAUGUAGAACUCGAUUAGGAGGAAAUGUCAAGACUGGUAAACCUGUGCUAAGUGCAGCUUUACAAAGAUUGGUUUUAGAUACGCUAUUUAAUGAAAUAGACCAAUACUUGGAUCAAUAUAAAAACCAGACAAAAGCAGCAAGUGAUGACGAAACAACCAUUGAUGACAAGGAUGUGGAAGCAGGUGUUGCAGUCACAUUAAGAAGUUUGGCGGGAUUAUUAAAUGAAUUAAUAGAAACACGUCAAGGAGCAGAUGACACGUCACGUAUCACGCCUGUUAAAAUACGUCAACAAAUUUUUGCCGUAUUGGGAACAAGAGGAUUUUGUAAACCGGACCAUCCAUUUAUAAGUCAUCUGAUCCAAGUCGUUCUGAAUUUGAUGCUAAAAUAUCGAAAAUUUAAAUCAGAAGAAAAAAUUUCAGAUAGUGAGAUUAUUGCAAAAGAAUUGGUUUUGCAGAUUGUUCAUUUAUAUUUCAGAAUGAAUGCUCAGGAGCCUGUUCCCGACUUUAGACUAUUUUUCGAGAGCGGUGUUGCUAUACAAACCACGUUGAGAUUUGCUCAUUCCCAUUAA